ACAGUGAUACAAGCUCAUAGGAAAAGGAAAAUCCGGUUAUCCGAUCUUAGCCGGAAGCACCGUUUGCUCUCAGUCUGUGGUGUGCUAACCGAUUUGGGCAACUAGCGCAGGCGCCGUCCAAUCAGAGUUUGGACAUUUCGACCUGAAAAUUUUUUGUUAGGCUUCAAGGCAAGACUCAGCAGUGUAGCAGGCUGGUUCGUUAUUCAAACAGCGCAUGUCCGAUCUAUUACUGCCGCCAGCAAGUCAACUGGUGAUAGUCGCAUACGCACAAUUGCUACAGAAGAAUUAGCGGUCCGUGCUGGAGUUUCGAGGCUAGGAAGUUGUAGAGAUAGCAAAAUGGGUGCCACCAGAAGAAUCAAGACAAAGCGACGGACGAGAGACUACGACCAAAUCCGUCAGGACCUCGCUUCCAAGAAACACCUACAAGACUUCAAAGCCACCAAGGAUGCUGAAGAUCUUCCCGGUCUAGGACAACACUACUGUGUCGAAUGCGCAAAAUGGUUCGAAACUGAGCACAAUUUGGUGGCACAUCGCAAGGGAAAGAAUCAUAAGAGAAGACUGCGAAUCCUCAAGGAAGACGUCCAUACGCAUAAGACGGCGGAGCAGGCAGUGGGAUUGGUCGUCGACAAUGGCAAGCGAGAGCAUACAUUGAUGGAUACCGACGAACCUGAAACAUAGUUCCGGCUCAAUCAAUAUCACAAUGCGUGAAACAGCAAACGAAGCGCAGAAAGCAGUUCGACUCGAGGUACUGGACACAGCAAGUCAAUCAUCGGCUGACCAUCGCACAAUUAAAAGUACCUGCUUUGAAGGGAUAACGGGUUGCUUCCACCAUAUAUCUUCAAGUCUCGACAUGAAAACAUGUGCGCAUGUCAAAGAGCAUUGUAUUGUAUUCGCGACUGUGUCUAUUCCGCACAUGCUCGGUACGAUGCCCAGUGUCCGAUGUUCGCCAGAAACCCGUCCCGAAUAGCCGGCCCACAAACUUCCGAUUCACGGCGAGAAAACGAACUUUCGUACGGGUCCCGCUAAAAUGGUUCGUAAUUUUGAAAUAGAUUACCAGCCGAGGUAACAAUUGUGGAUUUUCGUAUUUACACAUUUACAAUACAACUUGCGCUUCGUUGUUUAUUUCAAUAACCUCUGAAUCAAAUAAGGAACGUUCAUGAGUGUCAAUGUUGUCUAGUUGCCACUGCGAUGAAAGCGUAGUCUUUCCAGAUUGGCGUCGACGUCCAAGAGUUUAGUCUGAAUGUUGGAAGUCUCGGACACUUGCAUCUACCACGUGUGAUAAUGCAACCUCCGCAUAUGACCAGGAUCUUCGUUAGCGAAGUCAACAGCUUCGAAUAUCUUAGAAUCUACUAUACUAUUGCAUAUACGGCUACGGUAUAUUUUUCAAUGACAUGAAAAGUGUAUGCGAGAACAUAAGUCUACACACUCAAGGACAAUAUUCUCCAUCUCCAAUAUCCCCCUUCCAUUCAAAAUGCACAACGUCUACAAUCUUUCGGAGGAUCUCCGGUUUCAAAAGGCUUCUCGUUAUAUCAGCCAUCCAGGCAAGAUGCGUCUCGGAUUUGUCGCGAUUGAUCGAGUAUAGUUUAU